ACUCCAACUUCCACAUGCGAUAGGAGAUUGCAUCUCCAAACAUGAUCCAAACAGGCCAAUAAUCCACGGUAUCAAAACCGGGAGUAGAUCUUUCUAGGCAGUCAUCUUUUUACACGAGCCAUAAACAAACAUUUAACAGUUAACAGUUAACAAUAAACAUUAAACAAAAAACUAAAACAAUGAACGCAGCAUACUGAGACACAGUAACUAAUAAAGGUUUGUCACAGGUUUUGUUUACAGAACUAGAGUGUGUUUACAGGUGCUGCUGGUUUAAUUUAUGAAACACUUGCAAUCCUUGUGCAUAUUUAUGACUUCUGGUCCGGUCCAUCUGAGAGCAAGAUUUUUAUCAGUUGAACCCUUAUGGAAACGUUUAUUUUGAAGGGCCAUUCGAAGCAGUUAUCUCUGAACACUUUGGUUUAGAGAAAUCCUACAACAUGGUGGCCAUUUAUCCCAUUUGGAAUGCAGGGAAGGUCUUCAGGACUACUUUAAAAAAAAAUGAAAGGGAUGUCUGUAAGAGCAGUGUUGGAAGUAAACUCUGCAGGACGUGGCCCUUCAGGAAUAGUACUGAAUAGCCCUGAGGUAUGUGUUACCUGAUUGGCCCAGUUUGAGGUGCUACCUGCUCAUAUGUGGAGAUGAUAAACAAUAACAAUCUAAUCUAUUAACUUUUGAAGAAAAUCUGUUUAUUGGCGGAAUUAUUCUAUGUUUGGAGGGGAAAUUAUUUACCAACACCAAGUUAUUUGUUCUUCCAUUGUUACUAAGACAGAAGCAUGUGAGUCAGUAGAUUUUGAACCAUCUGCUGCAAUCUAGGGACAGUAACAGUUAAAGAAAAUGGUAAAGCACGGCCAAGUAAAACCCUCUGCAGCCCACGUGACUGACUAGCAGUCAGACAAGGGCAGCUCAUGUCAUCAGCAAAUGGGAGCAGCAAGGAGUAGGCCAUAUGGGCAGCCCAGUGCUGGAUCCUCGUACACGGUUAGACUUUGAUCUUGGGCCAGGAUUGGGAAGGUGUUGGGUUUAAGCGGAGCUGGGAAGGGUUAGAUAGAGAGGACGAAAGAAGCUGGGAGAGUCUGGGGUACGGAACAUUUACUGACCAGAAUCGGGUGAACAGCGAGGAACCGAACGACAGGUUCUGUACCAGCACUGCCAUGUUCUGCAAGACGCAACAGAGCCAGGCAGUCAGACUGUGUGCAGGAGUUGAGCAGAAGAGCGUAUGAAAGUGCAGAAAGAGUGAGGCAGAAAGAAAAAGAAAGGAAAGAGGAGGCACGAAGCCAUGGAGAUGGAGGAAAGCUUUGAUGCCGAGGCCAGUUUUGAUGAUGCCUCCUGUCUCUCCCCUCAGAGCCCCGGGUCCACCUCCCCAGCCAGGAGGCAGAAUAAGGAGAAGGAGAUCAAGGAGACCAAAAUCACUAUCAACUGCAUCACCUUCCCUGUGCCCAUGUCUAUGCCGGAGCAGCAGCUUCUCAAGCCCAAUGAAUGGAGCUACUGCGACUAUUUCUGGGCUGAUAAGAGGGACCCUCAGGGGGCCACAGUUUCAGGGUUCGAGGUGCUGCUGCAGAAACAGUUGAAGGGGAAGCAGAUGCAGAAAGAAAUGGCAGACUUCAUCAGAGAAAGGAUAAAAAUUGAAGAGGAGUAUGCCAAGAACCUCUCCAAACUCUCACAGUUCCCUAUGGCAGCACAAGAGGAAGGGACUCUUGGAGAUGCUUGGGCUCAACUUAAGAAGAGUCUUGCUGAUGAGGCCGAGGUCCAUCUUAAGUUUUCUUCAAAGCUUCAGAGUGAAGUAGAGAAGCCAUUGCUGAACUUCAGAGGAGACAACUUUAAAAAAGACAUGAAGAAAUAUGACCACCACAUCGCUGACCUGAGGAAGCAGCUAGUCAGUCGGUAUGCUGCAGUAGAGAAGGCACGGAAGGCUCUAGCAGACAGACAGAAGGAUCUUGAGGUGAAAACCCAGCAGCUUGAGAUCAAACUGAGCAACAAAACAGAGGAGGAUAUUAAGAAAGCCCGACGGAAAUCUACACAAGCAGGUGAUGAUCUGAUGCGCUGUGUGGACCUUUACAAUCAAGCUCAGUCAAAAUGGUUUGAGGAGAUGGUCACCACAAGCAUGGAGUUGGAGAGACUGGAGGUAGAGCGAGUGGAGAUGAUACAGCAGCACCUGAGCCAGUACACCACGCUACGUCACGAAACAGACAUGUUCAACCAAAGUACAUUGGAGCCAGUGGACCAGCUCCUGCAGAGUGUGGACCCAGCCAAAGACAGAGAGUUCUGGGUUAAAGAACACAAAACAGGGGAACUGAGACCUGUGGACAUGGACAUCUAGAAGACACAGACACAUACAGUACAGAUUAUAUAAGAAUCUACCUGCAUGCCUGUCUACCUGAGUACUUCAACCUCUCAGCCAAAGCCAUACAGGUAUCUCCCCCUUGAAGCACUGGUUGUUUUGUGGAUUUGGAUAGAAACUACAAAAUCAAAGCUUUCUUAAUCAAAGACUUUCUUAAUAUCACAUUAAAUGGGUGAUAAUAAAGGACAGUAGCACAGAAUGAAUAUUGAGUAGUGAUCCCGUGCUGUGUUUUAGCAAAUAAUCCUGCAUGUCCUUCAAAUAACUUUAAUAUUAUGACUUCCCGGUAUGACAUUUAUAUUAACAUUGUCAAGAAACCAUUGAUAAAAAUCAGAACAACUAGCCUACUGUACAGUAAAAAUACGACUUGUUUAUUUGCCGAAGUAGAUGCCUACAAAACAAAUUUCAUCCAACCAAUGUUUUUAGUUUUUAUCUUUUUGGUGUCAAAGUGAAAUCGUGUACGCACAUUGACUGAACAGCUUGUUUAGUUACCUAAACGAAAACUUGGAACAAGUAUUGCCAUACAAAAUAUUCCAGAAAUUUGUUUAAAAACAAGAAUCCUGUGCAGAAAUAACCAGCACUAAAUUAUGAGGGGAAAAAGCUCAAAUAUAUUGUCAUUAAAUAAUAUUGAUAAAUCUGUUUUGUAAUUAAAAAAACUGAUAAACUGCUGGCAAAUCUACAGCCUUCCUUCUGAAAGAGAGGUCUGAACAGAAUGCAUUAACUGAUCUAUUUUCAUAUUGUUGCAGAUUUAUUUAGUAGAAAAGCAUGUUUCGUCUAAAUUUAGUACUAGUUCUGUAUGGUUAAUGGAAAAUAGAUGUGUGAAUUCAGUGGUACUGGUUAGUCCAUUGAUUGUGUUCAUGGAAGACAUGUCAACUAGCUUGGCAUUCAAAAGACCAGGACUCAAUAGCAAAUUCAUAUAAUUUUUCCCAGCUAAAGCCAAGAAACCCCCUUAUGCAGAUAGCCAGAUUUAUUAUUUUGGCAUCUAUAAGUUGCGCUAAAACAACUUAAUAGAGGAUAACGUUUCUUAAAGGUGAAAUUAUAUGUUUUUGACUGUAGAAUCCAGGUGUCAAUCAAAGGUGGAUCAGACGUGAAUUAUGAUGAUUUGUGUUACAAUGUACACCUUUUAGUGCCUAAAGGUAAAAUUGCCUUGGAAUGUUCAUAAUCUAUUCUGUUAAGUGUUUGUAUAUAGAUGUAAAUAUGCGUGUGCCGUUUUUUGUCUGUAAUUGUUGUCAAGCACAUCCUUAUACAUGCUCAUCUCUUUGUCAUCUUUGUGAUACCAUGUGUGUACCAUGUUUUAACUGAAUUUUAAAAUGCACAUUAAUAGAUACAUAAACUUGUGACUGAUAGAUACCACAAUUUUACAUUGAAUGCAUGUUGUAUAGGCAGCUAAUUAUCACAUUGUUCAAACCAUACUACUCUAAUACUGGCAGAUAAUUUCCCAUUUUAAAAUGUAUACAGUAAUAAUGAGAAAUAUGAUACAUGUAUAGAAUGCUCGUUUGAGAAAGUCAAAGCACAGACUGUCCAAAGCACAUUUUGGUUAAAGAAAAAUAUGUGCUUUCAUUCAAAUUUCUCUCAGAUUUGUAUUAUUUUACUAUCAGCCGGUUAUGUUCUUGACAGGGAAGACAUUAGCAGUUAAAGCAUAGAAUUCAGGAGCAAAAACUACUUAACUUAUACACUUGCUGCCUCUAUUAAACUUACAAUGCAAAUAAAUCGCUGAUGGAAACAUAAUGGGAUCUUUUGUGUUCUAAUAAGAUAUUUGUAAAACACAUUACAAUGAGAAAAUUCGAAUUAUUAUACAAUAAUGCGAAAUAAAAUCUGAAAUUUACAAGUACAAAUGCAGUACCUUGUGACAGGUAAUGCAUUCACUUUAUUGUUUGCUCUUUUGUAAGUUACUAACAAUCAUUCCCAGCUUAGUCUCAUGACAAAUCAUAAUAAUUCAUACAAAAUGGUGAAAACUUAACAUAUCGUACAACUUUUAGACCAAAUAAUCUACAAACAAAAUUUCAAAUCUAUACAAUACAGGCAUAAAAGUUUAUCCAACACUUUAUUAUAAGAAAGGAAACGUCAGGGGCGUGGGUAUCUCAGCGAGUAAAGACGCUGACUACCAUCCCUGGAGUCACGAGUUUGAAUCCAAGGCGUGCUGAGUGACUCCAGCCAGGUCUCUUAUGCAACCAAAUUGGCCCGGUUGCUAGGGAGGGUCGAGUCACAUGGGGUAACCUCCUCGUGGUCACUAUAAUGUGGUUCGCUCUUGGUGGGGCGUGUGGUGAUAUGUGCGUGUAUGCCGCAGAGAAUAGCGUGAAGCCUCCAUACGCGCUAUGUCUCCGCGGUAAUGCGCUCAACAAGCCAAACGAUAAGAUGCACGGACUGACGGUCUCAGACGCGGAGGCAACUGAAAUUCGUCAUCCGCCACCCGGAUUGAGGUGAGUCACUACGCCACCACGAGGACUUUGAGCACAUUGGGAAUUGGGCAUUCCAAAUUGGGGAGAAAAAAAAGGAAACGUUAUGUAAACAGAUUGGUUACUCAGUCCAUAUUUAUUUAUGCAAAACAAAUGACGGAUGUAUUGUAUACUGAUGAGCCAAAACAUUAUGACCACUCACAGGAGAAGCGAAUAACGUUGAUCAUCUCCUAACAAGGCCACAUGUCAAGGUCUGGGAAGAUUAGAUGGUAAGUGAACAGUCAGUUCUCGUAGUCAAUGUGUUGAAUGCAGGAGAAAUGGGCAUGAGUAAGCCUUGACUUUGACAAGGGCCAAAUUGUUAUUGCCAAACAACUGGGUCAGAGCAACUCUGAAAUGGCAAGGCUUGUGGGGUGCUCCCGGUCAGCAGUGGUGAGUACCUACUGAUGGAGAUCCGAGGAGGGACAAACCACAAACCCGCAACAGGGUGUUUGGCGCCCAAGGCUCAUCGAUGUGCAAGGGCAAUGAAGGCUAUCCCAUCUGGUCUGAACUGACAGAAGGUCUAC